GUUAGCUGAGAUUUACAAACGAAUAAUGAAAUAGGGGUUUUAACGGUCUGUAUUGCUGAAACGGUUAACAUGAUUCCAUUUAACAGCCCCGAGAACAGUCAUGCGCUGCAAACAGAAACACGCAGCGUUUCACAGCAUCCCAAUCAUUUUCCACUACCCCUCCACGAAGAGAAGCUCUUGUAGAAAUGAAACAUUGGCAUGAAUUAGAUGAGGAGAAACGCCGACGAGUGUCGGGCAAGCCGAACGACAGUAGCAUCUUUUGAGAACGAAACAAACGAAGUGGUAUGAAACGACCGAAGAGGGGAGCAAUGCCGGCGCCUGAAAACGAAAUGAGAAACGAAGGAUGAGAAAUGAAACAUCUAAUGCGAGGAGCAAUAGCAACAGCAACUACAACAACAGCAUCAGCAGCCUCAGCAGCAAAUGUGAGAAAUGAAACAUCAACUAAGAGCAGGAGCAACUUUAACAGCAGCCGCAGCAGGCAACAAGGAACGCGAAACAUCAGAAAUCAGAUGAAACUUUAAAACGUGUGCAUGGGGCAUUGGCACGACUUCUUUUGCUGCGGCAAUUUAGUUGGACAUUUGCAUGGCUCGGUGGCGGACGUGUGUGGGCGGACAGAAAACCACGAAAACCGAACGCAAUCUUACGCCAGGCUGAUCAAAUUUAAAGGCGAGGCGCGAAAUGUGCGAAAGUUUUCAGAAUUAAAAAAAAAAAAACUGAAAUUGUAACGGAAAGCACUUGGCAACAAAUGACAUAGCACGAAGUGGGCGUGGGGCGUGGCAACAGCAAAUGAAUGUGAAUCCGCGUGUUCAUCACUGCGUGUGUACGUGUGUGUGUCGGUGUGUCUGUGUGAAUACAAGACAACAAAUUCAAGAGUGUCUGCGAAUUGCACUGCUUCCUUUAUAAAUCAACACCAAAAUCACAUUUUGAAUUGCUGAGCAUUAAAACGGAUACAGCCAAAGCCAGCAACAACAUAACAAAAGCAACAACAGCAACAACAGCAACAAUAACAACAACGACAACAACGACAACAAUACGAAUACGAAUAAUAAUAGAAGAUCUAAAGUCAAAGACGUCAAACAGCACUUCAAACGCUGAUUGCGUCCUUGCAGUCGCUCUCAAUAAAAAGUAAAAUACGAAAUAAAACAAGUGAAGGAUGUGCGAUUUGUGAAAGCCGUGAAGAAUGUGGCAAAUCAUUUGGAGGAGCAGCAGCCGUCGCCCCCAGGCGUAGCUGGCGUAGGUGACACACGUGUGCCAUGGCGCACCUGUGCGCCACAUUCAUUAUAUUAUAUGAUGUAAUAUAUUGAUAGAUAAUCCCAGUCGACUUUUGACUCUGAGCUCUGAGGCUCAGCACGCCAUUGUGUUUGCAUUGUGUGCUCGGUGUGUGAAAAGGAAGAUUUUAAACUCAUUAAGGCGCGCUGAACCAAAGCCGUCGAGAAGGUGUAAAAAAUAUAUGUGUAUAAUAAAAAGGCAAAGUAAAGGAAUAAGUGAAAAGCGGAGCAAACUGACUGACAGCCAAUCAAUUAGGCGUGUGACACAGCACGACAAGGUACUUGAGUUAACGAAUCUCGGAUAAAAAGCAACAACAAACGAACAGCACCAACAGCACCAACAACAACAGUAACAUCAACAGCAACUUUUAAAAGAUACAAUAACAACAACAACAUUAGCCACACAUAUCUAAGGUGUGACACAAAGCAGCCACCAAUCUUCUCACGCAAUAAAAUGCGCUGUCGACGGGCAGCCAGAGGAGCGACAGCAGCAGCCGGAGGAGGAGGCGAAGGAGGCGAGGGCCGUGCAGGGGAGCGAGCAAUCGCCGGGGAGAAGGUGCUUGGCAAACUCGCUGGCAGAAGAGCCAGCAGAUUUAGCCCCCCAUCUGGAGUCUGGGGCGCUGGCACCGUACUGCUGGCAUUUCUGGCAGCUGUCAGCUUUCGUGGCAUGCACAACCCACUGGCAGCAAGUGCCACGACCCUUGGCGACAACUCAUCGCUAAUUGCGGCAACGAAUGGGGCAACAGAGGCUGCCACAGCUGCCACAGCCUUGCCGGGCAAUCAAUUGGGCAUUGAGCCAGAGAGCAGCACCACGGAACAACAAGCGGCGGAUACUUGGAGUGAGCGACCCGAUACGGCAACACUGACAAAAGGCUUCUCGAUACCCACGUAUUUGCCACCUUUUCCGGAUUUCAUUGCUGCUGAUUUGCCACAGACAUCGCUGACAACGAUGACAACGUCAGCACAGCUGGGCCACAAUCCAAUCCCCGCGGGCCUGGACAUUGAUGACAUGGACUCCAUGCAAUCGACUCUUAAUAAGCAGCAGCCACAGUCACAGCCACAGCCACAUAUGCGUCUGCAUGCCUACGAUAGUGAACAAAAGGAGCAGCAGCUGCGGCGAGAGAAGGAGCUGGCACGUGAGCGGGAGCAGCUGCCCCGUCGUCAUCUCAGUUUGCCAUCUCGUAACGUUACUGUGCAGGCCGGCCAGCAUGCCUACCUGCCGUGCCAGCUGCAUCAGUACUCAAACAAGCCGCUGUCCUGGAUACGUUUACGGGAUGAACAUAUCAUAGCCGUGGAUCACACAACAUUUAUCAAUGAUGCACGCUUCGCAGCGCUACUCCAAGCCUCCCAUGCUAACCUAACCAGCAGCCUAAUGGAAUUUGUCAAUGGCAGCAGCGGCAGCAGCAACAGCCUUGGCUGGACGUUGCUCAUCAAAUAUGUCAAUCUGCAGGAUAUGGGCUGGUACGAAUGUCAGCUAGCCACAGAGCCCAAAAUGAGUGCCAAAGUGCAGCUCUUUGUGAUAACACCAAAAACGGAACUUAUUGGCGAUAAGCAGCGUUUCGUAAAGGCCGGCAGCCGAGUGGAACUGCACUGCAUUGUGCGUGGCACCUUGGAGGCACCAAAGUAUAUUGUCUGGUAUCGGGAGAAGCAACAGGUGAUGUCUGAGAACGAGGCGAGCGGCAACGAGAAUGGCUGGUAUACGCAAAUCGAUCGCAAUAUCUUUGGCAGCACCGAGCACAAUCGCAAUACGAUUGGCAGCCUAAUCAUACCCAUAGUGCGUAAGAGCCAUUCCGGAAACUACACCUGCGAGCCGGAAAACAGUGAAGCAGUCUCCAUACAACUGCAUGUGCUUAGCGGCGAAUAUUCCGCAUCAGCAAUCAUGUCCGCCGCAGCUGGAUUGUAUAAGCAUGGCCAUGUCUACAACAGUUUCCAUCAAUGGCUCAUAUUUCUGCUAUUGGCCAUUCAUAAGACAUGAGCAUCAGCAGGGAGGCCAUCCAGUUGGAGCAUUAUCUGUCUAAUAAUAGAAUAAUAAGAUUAACAUCUAGGUAAAUUGCACACUCUUUUCAAGUUAAAUUACAAAUUACAGACACCAGUGGAAGUGUUUGCGACGUUUUCUCACAUCAUUUCAACACCGUAUUUUAUACAAUUUCUAGAUAUAAUAUGUCAUGCCCUUUGUUAUUGCUUUUGAAAUUAGAUUGCUAAGCAUUUUUAACUUUAAGCAUUCAAUUGUGUUAAAGACAAAGAUAUUUGCGUAAAUAAAGCCAAAGGCGUAUUAAGUAAGAAUCUUAAAAUUCAAGGAAAA